CCGACUUCCAACGUCCAGCGCCUAUAUACUUUUCUUGGCUCUUCAUUUCUUCUUUUAACUGCCACUCACUGCCAAAAAGCCGCCCAAGACGUGUCGACAAUGACACUGACAGACUAUUUCUCACCGGUGGCAUUCUUCAUCCUCCUUCGAGAAAGUCUCGAAGCAGGCAUCAUCAUCGCUGUGCUUCUAGGUUUUAUUACCCAAAUAAUCCCCAAACCAUCAUCGCAUCCUCGCACUCUCUCAACUCCCGGUCACCCAGCUAACCUUCCACGCCACUCGGGGGAAUCUGCGCAGUCGGAGAACUCGGGUACUCAACUCCUCUCUUCUGGCCGUGCGAGUAUAGAUAGGGGGUAUGGUGCUUCUUCAAGAAGCGUGUCUCCUGCAAGAAUAGAGAGACUUGAGGUUGAAAAUGUGGCAGAGGAAGUAGGCAAAGAUGAGGGGUUGCUUGGUGCUGACGUGGAUCGACGUGCGAUCAUGAAGAAGAUGAGAGUGCAAAUCUGGAGUGGAGCGAUUUUGGGCGGUAGUGUAGCUAUUGCAAUUGGCACUGUUUUUCUUUACGUCUUUUAUACCUACACCAGAGACCUGUGGCAAGAUGCGGAAAACCUAUGGGAAGGCGGGUUUUGUCUACUUGCGGCUGUCCUAAUCUUGGUCAUGUCCCUGGCUUUCCUCCGACUUCCCCAUGCCCAAACCAAAUGGCGAUUAAAGCUGUUGAGCGCAUAUCAAUCGCAGUCCAACGAUGUCGAGUCUGAUUCUCGACCUGGUUCUCCUGACGGACGCCCUCAUGAUAAUAGUCUCGGACACCCAUCACAAGUUACCACAAACCCUCGUCGCAGGCGAGCUAAUCGAGCUUCCGCUAUCCUCUUUGGGUUGCCAUUCAUCACUGUCCUCCGCGAAGGUCUUGAAGGGAUCGUGUUCUUGGGUGGUAUCGGCCUUUCGGAGUCGCCUUCAUCCGUCAUUGGCGGCGGCAUUUGUGGUCUUUUCGCAGGUGCCCUCUGCGCUUAUCUCUUGUUCUCAUCCACCACUCCGCUCUCUGUUCACACUUUUACCACAUUUUCCUCUCUCCUUCUUUUCCUCAUCGGAGCUGGGCUUGCAUCUCGCUCCGCUUACGCUCUUGAACGUCAGUACUUUAUCAACCAUGUAGGCGCAGCUGCUGCCGAGAGUGGCAAUGGCCCUGGCAGCUAUCGCGUCAAGGGUAACAUCUGGCAUUUGACUUGGUGGGAUCCCGAACCCGGGAGCGGGGAUAAUUGGGCGCAAGUCGCACAAGCCGUUCUGGGAUGGAACAAUACCGGUACUUGGUGGACCAUCUCAACGUACAUGUUUUAUUGGCUGCUCAUAACGUUUACUCUCAUCUACAUGAAAUGGGCCGAAGGCCGUUGCGCUAUUUUUGGUGUCCUCUCAUCAAGGGGUAAAGAGCUGGAGAGGAGUCGACGGGUGAGAGGCACGGCGGGUGAAGAUGAUGAGGAGGUGCUCUUAGAUGACCGUAGUGACGUUGGCGAGUAGUGCAUUUUUACAGCAGUAGGGUUAAUAUCCGGACCCGAUACGACACAUAUAUGUAUUGCUCAAUGUUGCG